CUGUGUCCCCGUUAUCAGCAAUAUACUCCAUUAUCAGCCAUCGUGGCCCUCCCCUCUGUCCCCUGGCACAUAAAUACUGAGAGCGCGGAGGCAGAGGUACCUUCAGGUCAAAACGAUUCUGCUGUUAAGGUGUCUUGAUCUACCUUGAUCUUCAGUCAUGAAAUUCGCUCUGGUUGCCGUCCUCGUCGUGCUGGCUCUGGCCCACGGAAAUGAGGCUGCUGAUGCCGAUAUUGAGAAGCUGACUCAGUUCUUUACGGAUCUGUCCAGCAAGCUGACAAGCAGCACCCAGGAGUUGGUUGAGGCCCUCAAGACCCACGAGAUCGCCGCUCAGGCCCAGACCUACCUUCAGGACAGCAAGACCCAGCUGGAGCCUCUGGCUGAGAAGAUCCAGGCCCAGAUUAAGCCCCUUGCAGCCAGCAUGGAGGAGCAGCUCAAGCCCCUGGCUGAGUCCGUGCAGGCCCAGUUCAAGCCCCUGGCUGACUCCCUCCAGGCCCAGAUGGAAGAUAUCCUCAAGAAGCUGGUGGAGCAGACCAAGGCCAUCGGCCAGUAAAGGGUCUAUCAGUCAUGUUUCAUGAGUCUGUCAUUCAGAACACCAUCUAUUAAAGGGCUCUUGAAGUAA